AUGAGUGAAACGCCUUCAACCAGUUACUCAGUGAAUCAGCCAAACUCCUCUGAGAGUGAACAGACUUUAUCCACACGCCAUUUCAAUGUCACCGAACCUGUUGUGGCCAAACGAAUCUGUUUCUACAAAAGUGGAGAUCCUCAGUUUAAUGGGAUUAAAAUGGUCGUUAACAAUCGGUCUUACAAGACAUUUGAUGCCUUGCUUGAUAGUUUAUCCAAACGGGUCCCAUUACCUUUUGGGGUGAGGAAUAUUAGCACACCAAAAGGGAGACACAUCAUCACCAAUCUGGAGGAUCUUGAAGAUGGAAAAUCUUAUAUUUGUUCCCAUCAGAGGAAAAUGAAACCCAUCAACCUUGAACGGGCUAGGAAAAAGCCACUGCCCUGGCAGAUCAGCAGGCCUGUCAGCGCUCGUCGUCGAGCUGUGCAGUUAGCAAAGGAGAGCGAAGAUGGCUUUGGCCAGAAAGAAAGAAAAGUAACAACUCCUAAAAAGCUACUUGUUUUCAAAAACGGUGAUGUAAGACUCAGGCGUACCAUAGUUCUGGGAAAGAAAAAUACACAGACCUUUGAGGCCUUUCUAGAUUAUAUGAGUGAAUUAAUGCAGUAUCCAGUUGUGAAACUAUACACCACUGAUGGCAGAAAGGUUCCUAAUCUUCAGGCCCUGAUAUUGUGCUCUGGAGCUGUAGUCGCAGCAGGGAGAGAGCCUUUUAAACCAAGCAAUUACGAUCCUCUUGGGUAUUCACGGCCUGCCAGAUUGCUUGGAAUUGCAAAUCGCGUGUACCCAAAAGUCAAGUCGGAGAGUGAAAAUAUGAGAGCUGAAAUUGCCUCUAGCUCAAGAUCACAGAUACUCUCAAUUUCUUCUGAUAAAGGGUCCAGCAAUGAAAACAACACAAAUGAUAACAACUCAGAUUCUUCCUAUGCUCCUGACAGUUAUAAAGGUGCAGUAGGAAAUCAGUCACUUACUGAUGAAGAUUUAUCUGUAGCACAGUAUGAAGAUGACAUUGAGAAAUCUGUUCACGUUAAUCAAGAUGGCAGUAUGACAGUAGAAAUGAAAGUUCGAUUCAAAAUUAAAGAGGAAGAAACUAUAAAAUGGACGACCACUGUCAGCCGUGCUGGCCUUUCUGACGACAAAAAUAUUAACAUUUGCAAUUCUGCAACAGGUGCAGAAGACUGUUUAUCUGAUGUAAAUAUAUCAGCGUGUAUAAAACCAAAAGAGGCUCCAUUUUUGGAGAGCUACAAUAAUGAAGUGGGAGUCUCGCUGCAACAGUUCAAUGCAGAAGUGUCAGACAAAGAAUCAGAGUCUGAUUUAAAAACUGCUGAUUGUAGUGCCUGUCAGACAAAUGCGUCUGCAGACCUAGAUGUAAGUAAUGUAUCUGAGAAUAAAACAAGACCUCGUUUUUAUAGGCCUCCCACUCCUGGGCCAAGACGUGUUAGACAAAAGAAAGCAGUAGUUGAAAGUGUCACCCUGGUAUCUGAGAAGGAGGUUAAGGAGAAGACAAUAGGACAGUUUUCCUACAGUGAGGAAAUACAGGAUGGUGAAAGCAAAUCUGAGUAUUGUAUGGUUGCUCAUUCAAGCAGCAAAAAAUCAAGCAUUGGUAAUCCAAAGUUUAGUGAAGUGAGUGACAAUGAUUUAUUAAAGGUUUCUUCAGAGAGCAUGAAGAAAGAAGAAAUGCUUUUUAAAGUAAGUCACAAAAGUCAUGAUUUAAUAAAAACCUCAAAUAGUAAGAAAUUAGAUGUGCCUGAUGAGGAUGGAUUAUUACAGAAAAUAUUAGAGAAAUCAGUAGUAGAACAAGGUACAUAUAAUAGUUUAGUAUCAGCCUACAAAGCUAACAUCAGUGGUUUUAUACCGUCAUCAAAAAUCUACCAGGGAACUAGGCCAGUUUCUGCAGACAAUAUCCAUGAGAUGUGUGAUCUUAAACAAACAAAAAGAUCACUGAGUUCUUUUAUUAGCUAUUCAGAAUUAUUUCAGGCAAAAAAUGAAGAAAGAAAACAUAAAACUUCUGAUUUAUUAUGUUUUUCUCAAAAUUCAAUGCAUUCAGCCUGUCCCGUACAGAAUCAGACAAAGAUGAUGGGACCUCCAUCCGGUAAAGUUCCCGUUGAGAAAAUAGAUCCAAAAACUGGAUUCUUUCCUACUGUUACUGAAAGUGAGAAUCAAAUCAGUGUCAUGACUGAAUCUGUAAUGGCAACAUAUCCCACUGAUGACAGCCAGCCUGCAUCUUCCCUCACCAAAAAGAAGAAGAGAAAAUCAUUGUCUAACUUUCGAGAACAAGAUAUACAUGAAAAUCAAAAAGAUAAAGAAGACUUGGGGAUAAUUAAAAGUCAGGGAAUAUAUAUCACAAGCAAGAACACACAGAAUUCCACAAUACAGGCCAUGGAUAAUUAUUCUGAAAUACCUCAGAAAAAAGGAAUAGAAUCUUUUGUUGAAACUAGUGAUGUAUCUGUUAAUUCAGACAAAAGCAUAUGUCCUGAAGAUGAUUUUUAUCACCAGGUUUCAGCAGAACACCAACAAAAUGGAUUAUUUAAUAAGAAAAUAAGAGCUAAUAGGCAAUUGACCAAAAUAAAAUCAAAGUCAGGCCAAAAAAAUACUUUGGUUUUGUCUGCAAAGCAUGAAGAUAGUCUAAUGAUAGCUGAAUCGAAAACUGAAACUGAACACAGUCAAGAUACAGUGAGUAUUGAGAAAGAAGGCACACACUGCACAACCAAUUCUUUCGAACAGACAUCUAGUCAAUCAAAGAUAUCAAAGCCAUUGUCAGAAGUGUCAAAGAAUCAUAACUUAGAAAAAGAAAAGGAGAAUAAUAUUUUGGAAAAUUUGUCAUCAAAGAAAGAGAAAAAGCAAAAGAGAAUUAAGAAGAAUCUAAGCAAAGCAACAAGUAAAUUAAGUAUGUCAGAGCCCUUACAUGCCCUUACAUUAGAGCCCCUGAAAAUCCCUGAGGAUUUUCAAGAUGAGGUUGCUGAGCAUUCACCUGAAAACUAUGUUCACACAUGGCUGAAAAACGUGUUACCAAAUGCUGUUUUACCCCCUAUAAACAAAAAAGGGAAUGUAGAGAAUAGCAAUGUCUGUCCUAUUCCUAAAGAAAAUAUUGAUGCUUUUAUUGACAAAGAAACCAAAUUUAUCAAAAAUAAAAUGCAUGUGAUGAGAAAAAAUACACUAAUUGAACAUAAUCUAACCAAAAAAACAUUAACACCUCUUUGUGAAUUGGAAGCUAUUGAAGAAUCAGCAAAACAUUCAUGUGGAAGACAGACUGACUCUUUGGUUAAUGCUAAUACAGCUGUAAUAGGAGAAGCUAAGUAUUUACUACAGUCAGAUUUCCAUCAUGGCACUAAACUACAGAUGUUUCAUGAAACACAUGACAAAGACAAAAAGAAGUCAAAAGCUGAUAUUCAAGAUACCAAUCUGUAUCAAAGAAAAAGUUCUGAAGUUGCUGUUCAAGUUGAUUCCCCAGUUGUCAGUGAGAAAAUGGGAAUUGAUAUUCAGAGUAGCUGCAUGUCCAGCAUGUUGCUGUGUGAAUUGCAAUCAACUUUGCUUGGUCUCCAGAAAGAACAUAAUGGAUGUAUAGGUAAAGCAUGUAGCCUUUCAGAUCUUUCUCCUUCAAUUUUUGGUUCUUCCAAUCUCCUCCUAGCAUGGCUACUUGUACUGAGUCUGAGAGAGAGUUUGAUUGGCACAAUCAAAGAUGAUAUGCAAAAAACUACCUGUAACUGUUCAGAAAUACUUACACAGUUACCAUUUCUGAAACAAACUACAGUCACAGAAAAAAUUGAUGAAUUGAAGGCUGCUGUCUCACAUUUUGAACAAUCAAGAGAAAACAACUUACUACAGUUUGGGAGGGAACUCAAAAAACAGGACUCUACAUGUUGCCAUGAAAAUAUGCCCAUAUCUGAAAAUCAUAAUGAACACCAAAACUUCCACGAAAAUGAAAACUCGGAUGAAUCCUGUUUUCCAAAGGACAGUAUAAAUUCUGAAGAAGCUCAAAAAUUUGCUGGUGAAUUAGAAAGCUGUUCUGAUAUACAGAAAGAGCUUUCUAUAGCAACAAAGACUUCAGAUCUAAAUGAUUUCAGUGGUCCCCAGACACUGCUAUAUGGUAAAUAUACUGAUACUAAUCCAGAUAAUUGUAGCCUUAUGUCAGCUGUAAAGCCACCUGAAAGAAAAGAAGAAAUGGCUGAUAGCUCAUUACAACAAUCUCAAGAUACCAAUGAAUCACUUAAUAAUGAACAGUCAGGAACUUCAGUAGAGCCUAACUCAACUGUUGCUAGAGUAACUUCUAAUGCCAAAAAUAGUAGUUUAGAUCAGGUUACUUCUGAGGUAGUAAGUGAAAAAAAUAUCACACAUGUUACUAUCAAUAAAAGCAAAGAUGAGAACAUUGCCCCCGAAUCAGCAGGUAAUGAUGAAAAACCAAAUAACCAACUUAAACGAACUUCUGACAUCUCUACAGAAUAUGAUUAUGAGGAUGAUUCUGUACAGGAAGAAAAGAAAGAAACAGAAACUUAUGAGGAAACCUCUGAGAGGUUAUCUACACCUUCUCCAUUAUCUUUUUGUUAUGAAUCUAAACAAAUUACAGAAUGUGAUAUGAGUGAAGGAGAACAGAAAUUACAAGUAGAAGAGCUGGAGAAUAGAACAUGUUCGGAUAUUUCUCGAUUAAAAAAAUGCUUAAAAAGUCCUGCUACAUCAGACUGGUCAGAUUACAGACCUGACAGUGAAGAGAGUGAUUGUAACUUUAGAGCAUCCAGUGAUUUGACCAAUGAAAGUGGGGAAGAAGCAGUACUUGAAAAACAUUAUAACACUGGCUAUGUAAAAAGGACUAUUGAACGACUUUAUGGUAAGACAGAAGCUUCAUUUAAGCCUAACUUUCACACAGGAGUUCCUUAUAUGUCCAAAGUAUUUCAAAAAGAUACUGAAGAAUUCCACUCUACAGUGGUGGAAAAAAAAGUUUCUCUUUUUCAAGAACCUAGGUCUUCUUCUGCAGAGAAAUUGUCACUUCCACUGCCAUCACAAGAAUUUCCAGAAACCAUAAACAAAGGAGAAGAUAUUUCUUUAGCAGCACCACAUCCUAAACUUAAUGAAGAAGAGACAAUUUAUAUUAAUGACUGUCCAGGGGAAUGUCCAAAGCAAUGUUGUCAACCUUGUAUACAUGCUAAUGAAGAUGAGGGAAUAUUGAUUGAUAAAGGCAAAUGGCUUCUUAAAGAAAAUCAUUUGAUCAGAAGAUCACCACCUGAAAGGAUUGGAAUGUAUGGUAAUUUGGAUACAACAUCAACAGACACUAUGCUUGAUACUAAUAGUGAAGAUGCUCCGUACUCGCACUUCGGCAAUCUGACUCAAUAUCCAAUCCUCAAAGAAAUCUCUUCUUCAGAACUUGAAGAUUUGGUUAAACCUUCUGGAAAUGUUUGUAACUACUUCAACAUACCGCACAGUAGUGAUUCAGACCCUUUUCUGGAUGACUUGAAUACAAAAAGCAAACCUAGCCUCAGCUGUAAAAUCGCCUCUCUUCCCGUAGGAAACAAAGAAAAGAUCAACCCGUCAGUAAUGGUAUGCUCUACUUCUAAAUGUCUUUCCACAGAGGCUAAUACCAGUUUUCCACCCUUUACAUCUGCGGAAUUUAGAUUGCCUGAUAACAAGGUGCAUCCAUUAAAACAGCCUUUAAAUGAUGAACCCAUACAAUCUCAGCCAACUGAUGUCAGUAAUGCUAACAGAAGUGCUCUUCAGGAAGAAGAUUCUUUGGAUAAGCUCCAUGCAAUAUGUGGCCAACAUUGUCCAAUAUUAAUGGCAUUAGUAACACCAAUUAAUGAGGAACAGAGAGGAUAUGCCUACCAAAAGGCAUCUGACCUUGAGAACCAGCUAGAUCUGUGUUCAUUGGCCAGGAAGAGUCAGCAUUUACCAUGGUCAGGCAAAGAUUUAAUAAAAGAUGAAAAUAGUCAUGUAGCUAUGAAGAAUAACUGUAUCAGUAAGAUUGCCAAUAAUAUUUUUAAUAGGUUUUAUGCUAAUAACAUGUUAGAUUUCAUUAGUAACUUUGAGGUUCUUACAUCUUCAACCCUGAAAGACAGAAGCAAUUUAGGGAAGUUAUGUGUUAUAGAGGAUAUGAAUGCAAAUCCUGUGGAGAUCACCAAUUGUCAAAAUAGCAUAUCCAAACGUGCACUCAAUGAUGUAGCAGUAAGCACAAAUAGUGAGCUACCAGACACAAAACAAAAAAUACGCCAAAGUUUAAGAAUAACUCUAAUUCAUAUUGUUGAAGAAAAAUUAUCUCCCUUACUGGCAGAUCCAGCAGAAACUUGUCAUCCUGAAAUAUUCUUGAAGUGUGAAACUUCUUUAAAUAGCAUUGAACAUAAUGCCUCUGAAAUUCUGAAAAAUGAAAAUGCCUUUCCUACAGGAGAAGAUGAAGAAGGUAUUUUCUUCUGUGCCAUGGACAAUGGAAACAGCAAAGAAAAGAAAGAUAUAUAA